GUUCCUGUAAUGAGUUGUCACAUCAUGGUCAUAUAUAAAAAGAUCCUAUAGAAUGAUUCUCCUGCUGUUCUGAUACUCCUAACAGUAUUGCAAAUUCAUUUCGAGCGUAUGGCAAAGUUUGGAAUUUCAAUCUUCCUGCACUCUUUUAACCACCGAUUAACCCAUCUGGUUGUGCGAGAAUUUUGGGAUGAAUACUUUUGGCUGCCACAAAAUACAUCAUGGAGUGAUAUGACGAACACGAAUAAUAUUAGUUAUCCACAAGUAGCUGACCUUCGAUACACUGUAAUUUUUGGUUUUGCUUUACUGAUCGUACGAAUACUCCUGGAAUCGUUUGCCUUCCUGCCCUUGGGCUGGAUAGCUGGGUUUAUUUCUUCUCCUCUUUUACCUCGAAUAUGGAAGCAUGUUUCUGGUGGAUUUGCUGGAAAAAGUAAAUUCAAAAAGGUUGCUGAAUGUGCUUGGCGUCUCAGCUUCUAUGUCUGCGCUUGGACAGCAGGUUUGAUGAUACUGAUGGAGGAGCCGCAAUUGAAGGACAUAUCUGAAUGUUGGAGAGGCUGGCCUCACCAUAACAUAACGAUAGCAGUUUGGUGGUAUUAUAUCUUAGAAGCCUCUUUUUACUGGGCAUCGUUCGUUGGUACACUUUUCAUCGAUGUACGCAGGGCAGACUUCUCGCGGAUGUUAUUGCACCAUGCAAUGACUAUUUUGUUACUUUACUUAAGCUGGUCCAUAAAUAUGGUCCGCUAUGGUGUACUGGUGCUUUUCACACACGACGCAGCUGAUAUCCUCUUAGAAACUGCGAAGAUUGCCCGUUAUGCAAAUUGGCAAACGACGCCUAACGUCGUAUUCCUGAUUUUUCUUGCUGUCUGGUCCGCUACUCGGCUCAUUUACUACCCAUUCUGGCUUCUGCCGUCGUUCUGGCAAUCAUUCUGGUUCGACGUCCCAAACAUGAGUCAGUCUUCUUAUCGCUUGACGAAUUUCUGGCACCAUCCACUAGUGCCCAGAGUAAUACUGGUGAUGCUCUUGUCAUUACUUGUGCUUCACGUAUUUUGGACCUAUGUUAUUCUAAAAAUCGCAAAAUCCGUGACAAAUGGCGGAGUCGAUGAUGUUCGUGAAGAAAGCGAUAUCAGAGAAGCUGAGAAAGACAAAGACGAAUAG